CAACCCAACAUAUGUUCUCUUUCAUUGAUUGAUAUAUAAAAAAAUUUAUCCGUGCAAAAUCAUUUUUGAGUAGAAAAAAAUCACGUAAGAAACACAUAAAACCAACGAAGAUUGGAAAAAUAUUCGAAUUUCCUGAUUUGAAGGCUUUUCCAUUUUCCCACAAUUAAACGCGAAAGCCACUGGAAAACAUGUGAGAGUGCAUAUUUAUCAUCGAGAAUUACAAGAAAGAAAAACCCCACAACCAAAUAGGAGAGUGCGUGUGUGUGUACGAACGAAUUGUCAUAUUUUUUUUUUAUUUGUUCAUUGCCUUCUAAAAGAGCUGGGAGAGAACUGCCUGCUGUCAUUUAGAAGGAUACAAAACUAGGAAAUUAUUUUCGGGCAAGUCUCAUAUUCUGUAAUAAUGAAAAGGUUUAUUUUAUAAUGUGAUAAGUUCUAUAGCUAGAAAAAUGGAAGAAGUUAAGUUGGAAAAUUGCACGGUGCAGCAGCAGCAGCAACAACAACAGCAGUCAAAGAAAAAAUCUAAAAAUAAAAAGAAGAGCUCCAGAAAUGAAACGACGACGACUGAUGAAGACCAAUUGUCGCAAAUGGGUUUGGUGGCGGACAUAAACGGCUUAAAAGAUCAGCUAAAGCAACAGCUACACAUAGCUGGUACACCUAAGGUCAAUGGCCUUGUAACCGAUAGAGGAUUAAAUAGUAAUAACUGCAACAAUAGUACUCCCGCGGAGCCACCAACUUUAAAUGGCCAUCACAAAGAAGGUGACGACAUAAGUCUGACUACUAGCAAAAAAUCUAAAAGAAAACCUAAUAAUAAGAAGAAUCCUAGCAGCACAGAUUUAGUGGCAACAACAGAGCCCAUAAAAAGGGAAAAUGGGGAUUGUCAUUCAAAGGCUGCAUGCCACCAUGCGGAUGGUGGUGAGGACGAGAAUGAACAUUUACAAAAUGGUAAUGUCCCUGCCCCUGCAACAAAUGUUACAAGUGUGAAUGUGACUACCUGUAACAACACUGCCAUGACCAACCCAAAAGCCCAAAUAAGCGAACAAACUAAAACGUCGGCGAAUGACGAUAAAAAUUCCUCCAGUGCUAUUGCUGACACAACAGCAUCACCCACAUCUGCAACGCCAUCCGCUGUGCUAGAUCCCGUGCCCGCUUUGGAUUUGUCUAAUGUUCAUAUUGAGUACAAGGAAUAUGAAUCCGAAUUGCAAAUGCAUGACAUAAUGCGUUUAAUCCAAGCUGAGCUAUCCGAACCAUAUUCAAUAUACACUUAUCGUUAUUUCAUUUAUAAUUGGCCAAAACUAUGUUUCCUGGCAGCCCAUGGAAAUGAAUACGUUGGUGCUAUUGUGUGCAAGCUGGACAUGCACAUGAAUGUUAGACGUGGCUAUAUUGCCAUGUUGGCUGUACGCAAAGAAUAUAGGAAAUUAAAAAUUGGUACUACAUUAGUGCAAAAGGCAAUUGAGGCCAUGCUAGCCGACAAUGCCGACGAAGUUGUUUUGGAAACUGAAAUGAGUAAUCUACCUGCAUUGCGUCUGUAUGAAAAUUUGGGUUUUGUACGAGAUAAACGUCUGUUUCGUUAUUACUUAAAUGGUGUCGAUGCAUUGCGUCUCAAACUUUGGUUUAGAUGAGAUUAUUUAUAACAACAAAAAGAAAUGAACAAAAAACCCAACAACAAUAUAUAAAUAAUACAUUAUGUUUGUAAACUAUUAAAUUACAACUAACAACCUUUGCUAACAAUGCAAUACAACAGCAACAAAAAUCAACCAUAUAACAACCAACACCACCACCAGCCAUCAGUAAUGAUGCGGCGUAAAAUAAUAAACUAUUGUACUUUAAAAAUAAAAAGAAGGACUCUCACUUUUUUCUUUACAUUGUUGAAACAAAAUCAAACUGGAACAAAAAAAUGAAAUGAAAAACCGACAACAACAAUACAUAUUAUGUAGCACAAAAACAAAAAAAAAAAACAUUUAAUUAGAAAAUUUAAAUAUCUAUUCUUCCUAACUUUCUAAAUUAUUCUUUUUUCUAAAAAACAAAAUCAACUGUUUUAUUUCUUUUUUCUUUUUAAUGUAAAAAAUAAUUUAAAAUUUAUUUCUUAAAACCAAAACAAGUUUUUGUUAGUUUUAAAUUCUGUGUAUAAUUUGUAGGCUGGAAACAAUUUGCAAGAGAAUCCCAAAAAUUAUGUGAAAUAUUUAAUGGUUUUUCUUGUUAAUAAUGAGUAUGAAAAAGCAAUUAAACCAAUUGGCCAUGGCAAGCUAAGCUGUACAAAACAAAAAAAAAAUAUAAUAACAAAUUCAA